UGAAAAUAAAUAAAUAAUAAAUUAACAUUCGGAAAUAUUUCAUUUUUCAGGAGAGCUUUUGAUACUUGUAUUGGCAAUGUAGUUUUUAUAUUUUGCAUUAUAAUGCGUUGUAAGUAUACUUUGGUGUGGCUGUUGAAUGGUUUAUUUGUGAUAUCAGAUGCUCAGACAGAGAUUCCUGGACUCUGUUCAAGUGAAGGUGAAACUCUACAAUGUUGUCUAAAUUACAAACUACGUGGUGAUUCAUGUGAAGAAUGUUGGCCAGGCACCUUUGGCAUAGAUUGUAAGAAGGACUGUCCUGACGGGUUCUAUGGACGUUUUUGUAUAGAAGUCUGUAAUUGUUCUUCGUGUGACAAGGUCUCUGGAUGUCAGCCGAAUUCAACUCAGACUGAUGCUAAGGAUAUUAAUAGGGGCGUGGUUAUUGCUUCAUCACUGACAGGAAGUCUGAGUUUCAUAAUAAUAGUUAUCGUAAUCUACCGCAAACAGAGGUAAAAUAUAGAUACUUCAUGAGGCAUUGGAUGAGACCUUCUGAAUCAUUUGAUAAAAUACGCUAAUUUUGUGGUUUCUGAAAAGAAUUUUUAUUUUUUUUUGCGGAAAUAUCAAUGAUUUCUAUACUUUUUAAUAGCAUAUAAAAUAUCAUGAAGACUAUCUUGUGAUGCUAAUAAUGUUUUCCGAAGAAUUCACAAGUAUUUCUAUAUUGUUUAAAACGCCAUUCAUUAAAUUAUUUCAAGAUUCUUCCUUUUUCUUUCGAAUUGUCGGUUCUUCCUAUCAUAAAGAUUAACAAUAGUCUUAUCUUAUAUCACAGCAGAAACAGAAUCUUGAUAAGUCCAGACUCAUCGAUUCAAAAAGGUGAUCCUAACGUAUAUUUUGUAUCAAAGAUUUUUUAAAGAAGAUGCAUACGAUAGAAUGAAAUUUCUGUUUUUCUAGAA